ACCAGGUGGAUGGAUGACUGGAGUUUCCCUUGCUGUCUGAAGAUUAAUGGAAGAGGUCUGUUGAUCUGAAGAACCGACUAUCAGGUGGUCGAUUCCCGGAUUUUGUUGCACUUCACGGCUGGUCGAGGAACGAAUGGAAACAUAUCAGAUUAAAUAACCGACCGCGGGGAAUACGGGUCAAGCAGAUACAAAUUCUGUCACCCAAAUAUCAACUGACAAGGCCUGAGACAACACCUGGCUUGUUCGGGCCAGGGUCUGACUGCAAGGAACGCUACGUGCUAACGUUACCUCGCUAGUUAAAAACACACAACACCCUUCGACGAAUUGCAUCGGGACCGGAUAUUGGAGAAAAGUGAGCGACCUCUGGAAUAAAGGAGAAACUGAGUGACACCAGCAGGAUUCGUCGGUGCGCUGUUGGAAAUUUGUUAGCUAACGUCAGUUAGCUGAUAUCCGCUGGCUAUCUGUGCGAGCUAACGCGCUAGCAUAGCUAACCUCGGCAGUCAGAUUAAGCUGCAGGCUUGGAGACGUUCUCUUGGCUGGAGUUUUCACUAACUCACAAUUCAACGAACAACUGUUGGAUGAAAUUUCAUCACAUUCGUUUUCUAAUAAUGAUAGCUGUCAGUUAGUAGCUAGCUGUCAACUUCAUUGAGUCCAACGCCCAAGUUAUCUGUGUAGCAUAACUAAGCGACUUCUAAGAAAAAGUCAUUCGGAGCCAAGAGAAACUACCAUCAGGCUGCAAUCAUGGGCAACACGCCCACCGCGAAGAAGGGCAAUGAAAUGGAAAGUGUGAAGGAGUUUCUUGCCAAAGCCAAAGAAGAUUUCCUGAAAAAAUGGGAGAAUCCAGCACAGCAAACUGCAGCGUUGGAUCACUUUGAGCGUUUAAAGACCCUAGGCACUGGCUCAUUUGGCCGCGUCAUGUUGGUUAAACACAAAGAGACAGGCCAGCAUUUUGCCAUGAAGAUACUUGACAAACAAAAGGUAGUGAAACUGAAGCAGAUAGAACACACACUGAACGAGAAACGUAUCCUGCAAGCUGUCAAUUUUCCCUUUCUGGUGCGACUGGAACACUCGUUUAAGGAUAACAGUAAUCUGUAUAUGGUGAUGGAGUAUGUGCCUGGGGGGGAAAUGUUCUCACAUUUAAGGAGGAUUGGUAGAUUUAGUGAACCACACGCCCGCUUCUACGCAGCCCAGAUUGUACUGACCUUUGAAUACCUUCACUCCUUGGAUCUCAUCUAUCGAGACCUAAAGCCAGAGAACCUCCUGAUUGAUCAGCAAGGUUACAUACAGGUAACAGAUUUCGGAUUUGCAAAAAGAGUGAAAGGCCGAACCUGGACGCUUUGUGGGACUCCAGAGUAUCUGGCACCAGAGAUUAUCCUCAGUAAAGGUUACAAUAAGGCAGUGGACUGGUGGGCUCUGGGCGUUCUGAUAUACGAGAUGGCUGCUGGUUAUCCUCCCUUCUUUGCAGACCAGCCGAUCCAGAUUUAUGAAAAGAUUGUAUCGGGGAAGGUUCGUUUCCCUUCCCACUUCAGCUCAGACCUGAAGGAUCUGUUGAGAAAUUUGCUGCAGGUGGACCUGACCAAGCGGUUCGGCAACCUCAGGAAUGGAGUCAAUGAUAUCAAGGGUCACAAGUGGUUUGCCACCACAGAUUGGAUUGCCAUCUACCAGAGAAAGGUGGAAGCUCCUUUCAUCCCAAAGUGCAAAGGCCCCGGUGACACAAGCAACUUCGAUGACUACGAAGAAGAGGAAAUCAGAGUUUCCAUCACGGAGAAGUGUGCAAAAGAGUUUGCAGAGUUUUAGAUUCCAACCACGAGUAGCAAAGUGAGGGACAGAGAUUUAGAGAAUAAAAGGGGAUCUGAAUACAGGAAACACUCGGUUGGACUGACAACUUGCUCAUUUGUAAUGAGAAAAAUAAUGUAACCCCCCCCCCAAAAAAAAACAAUUAGUAAGAUAGGUAAAGUGGAGAAAGAUCUACAGAACCAGCAGUUUUGCCUUUUCUGAUUGUUUCUCAUGGUUUGCUAUUCAUUGAUUUCUCCCUCCUGUGUUUGGGACAGGAUCUGGAUCUGUUGCCGUUCAGCUACAAUGUACCUUGUAAGGUACUAAGUCUGUUCAGCUCCUUUUUGAAUGGGCCCCCUCUACAAGCAGCCUCUAACAACCGUAGAGUGAUUGUUGUAUCCUGUCAGCCAGUUUCCAUCCAUCUCUUCAACCUGAAUCUGUCCAAGCAAUACCAAGUCCAACAGAUGUGCCUAUCAUAAUGCCAACUGCUUGGAAAAACUCUCUAGUUUUGGCUAUGGUUAUGUCGACCCUCGUGGCCAUUUGAUUGAAAGCUUGAAAGCUGUCUGCACCUGCCUUUGUCUGCUCAAUGUGGCUUGGUUAUUGGGUGGAUGAUGCACUCAGCUGCUUCCAUUUGAAGCAGUUGGGACCUCUUUGAUCAGAGUGAAAAUUAUUUAUCACAGUAAACUUCAUCUACGUCUUAAUCCUCUGGGGACCUGAGAGAAGUAAACAUGAGGUCUGCAAUUCAGUUUGUCUUUCUCUUUGAUGAAAUUAUUAGAGCAUUUUACAACUACUAUUGGUGAUCAUUUUGUCCUUUUUUUUUUUUUUUAUGUCAAUCUCUGUGCUUGUGUGUUAUUUAGUGCUCGAGGGUGGGUUAACAAGCCGUGGUUUAGCAGCUGCUAACAUUGUGGUCACACUCCUGAUGAUGAUUUAUUUUUAUUAGAAAAAUCCAUCUUUUCAACAUUGUCUCACACACCUGUAAAGGCGAUUAUAAAAUACAAUUUUUUGUUAACUGUAGAUUGCAGUUGUCUACUUGUAACUCUGAUGGUGGAUAUAAAUACGCAAAAACAAAGUAGCAAAACUUUUUAACAAGGCGUGCAUGGUAUUUUUGUACAAUAUCACUUUCAAAGAGAGACAACAGAGGUUUUAUCUGAGCUAAGGUACCUGAUAUUGUGGAUAAGAUGUUUAAUAUUAAAAUGAACGCUUAAUGAUUUAUUGAACAUGGAAGAGUUAGGUGUGUCAGCCUCCUUGCUCAGCUUUCACUCGUAAGGCGGACGUUUGCAGAUUAUUGUCACUGAUGUUAAUAUCCUUAUGAUGACUUUUUUUUUUUUUGUCUGCUUUUUUCCUUCAACCUUGUCGCAUGGUUUUAAUGCCCAGCCAAAUUUGGGGGGCUUUUGAGGUUCUUGUUUGGUUUCUUUGUUACAAAUUUAACUUGGGAUGCAAAUCUGGAGCACUACCCCUUUUUGCCAAGUUUAUUUCUGUGGAUGCAAGACAAUCGCAGACCAAAUCUUAGUGCUGGUUUGUUGACUGAACUCAUUGCUGUGAUUUGAAGGAUGUAAGCUUUCACCAAUCUACCCUUCAUAGGCCCGAGGUGCUAGACUUUGUCCAUCUCACUGCAAACGCUUCUUUGAGUUGUUUGAUGUGCAUUGAUCUAUUUGUCUGAGUCUUGUAACAUUAAAUUUUUAGAAUGUUUAUGACUACAUGAUUUAAGUAGGCAAGAGUAAUUGUUUGGCAGUGUCUUAAUGUAAUUGAGAUCAAACACAGGAUACCUUUUGAAUGUCUUGGUAAGGAGUUGUUUCUGUGCUGUUUGGAAACCUGAUGUGUAUAUAUAUUUUUUUUUAUAACACGUUUCUUUGGUGAGCUUGGUUUCUCCUGCAUGUUAUAAAGCAGGAUGAUGGCAAGACCUUCCCUGGACCUGAGACAUCUCUGAGAAAAAUCAUUGUUUCUAACAGCCUAUUUAUUCCUUUUUUUUUGGACAUUUCUCUAAAUUAGGCCGCGUAUCAACAUGAUUUGUCUGGAUAAUGAACCACAUGCCACGUGUUUUCUAAUCUGUUUCAAUAAUUUGUGCUUAUUCUGUAUACCUUUUGUAUUUUAAGGAAAGAACAUGUAAUAGUGUUUCAUCUUUUUCCUGACAAACAGCAAAAUCAGAGUUAUAGAAGGCUAAUCGACCUGGUCCACUCCAGACAUUAAAGACAUUAAACUUCUUUUCGUUACACUUUUUCUCACUCAAACUUUGUCAGCUGUCUCAUUCUUUUCUCCCAGCUUGACACUACUGACUGCUCUGUGCUCCAUUAAUUUUGUCUCCUGUUUGCCUUCUAUUUCCACACAUAACACUUUUUACAUCUGAGCAGUUUUGCGUUCAUAUUUUCUAAUUGUAUUUUCAGAAAAACAAGGGGGAAAAAAAACAAAACAUCAAUCUUUUUUUUUUUCUCAUUACCUGGGUACAGUGCUUGUGUAGUCUAUUGUACCUUUUUGGGAAACAAUACUGUAUAUCUUUGCCUUUGACAGUCUUAACUAUCUUACCCUCUGGAGAACUUGACAGAUACCCUUAGAACACAAUGAGUAUGUUUAAAAAUAUAUAUAAAGUAAUAUUUUGCAAAAUGUAUCAUUCCAAUAAAGUUUUACUUGUUAAGACUAAACGUG